UGGAUAUCUGCAUUGUCGCCGUUAGUUCCCAUGGAAAAAAGGGAGAAUACGCCAGUCCAAAAGGAUUCCUUUCGAUUGGCGACUAUGGAAUUGGAUCCGCAACGCAACAGCAACCUUCGAUGUUCCGCCUCGGUUCAAUCGAUCGGAGUUCAGUUGGCGUCGCGAUCACCGGUGACCUAACUCCGCCCAGCAGAUCGAAGCAAGGAAGAAGGGAAGGUGAGUUCAGCUUUCUCAAUAUCGGUUUUUGUCUUGUGGAGUUCGGUUGGAUCCGUGUAUCUUUGUGUUGCUUUGAUUCGUAGGUUUUUGGGGAAAAGAUAAGAUUUUGUUGUUCUAGUUGAGGAGGAUCGAGAACUGAGAUUGGAGUCGCGGCUGAUGGGUGUUUGAGCUGGGGCUUCUGUUUGAUUUCAAUCCAUUUCCUCUGACUCCUGAGUCCUCCCAGAAAGUAGGGGGGAAAACCCAGUUUUUUGUCGACGUUUGGAACCUCUGGUGGUGUAUUUGGGAUUAGUCGGAGCUGCAAAGUCUGGAGGAGGCUCCUUCAGCUAUCUGGAAGUUGAAUAGUUAUAAAUCGUCAGCGAUCUUGAGUUGGGCUUUGGAAUUCUUGCAAACAAGAAGCUCACUUGAUAGAGGUGUGCACGAGAACAAAAUUUGAAGUAUGUGGAAGCUGACUAGAAAUGAAGAGGAGGAUUACUUCCCUUCAUCCCCAAGAAAGGACUGGUCAAUUGGACUGAUGAAGUUUGUAUUGGUUCUAGGUAUUUUGAUGAUGGGGGUUGUUCUAGGAUUGUGCUUGAGCUCCACCUUUACCCACGACUUCAAUUCACGCACUGAGCUGUUCUUCCCAUCAACGAUGUACUCUACGAACUGUGAUAAGGACUGUUUAAGCAUUAAGAGCUUUCUUGGCCCAAAACACUUGAAGCAUAGCAUGACAGAUGACGAACUUUUCUGGCGGGCAUCAUUGGUUCCCCAAAUGGAGGAGUAUCCAUUUAACAGGGUGCCAAAGGUGGCUUUUUUGUUCUUGACAAGGGGACCAUUGCCUUUUGUGCCACUUUGGGAAAGGUUCUUUAAGGGACACAAAGGGUUAUAUUCGAUUUACGUCCACACGUUUCCUGACUAUAAGCUCAAUGUCAAUGAGGAUUCUGCAUUUUAUGGCCGACUAAUCCCAAGCAAAGAGGUGUAUUGGGGAUCUAUUACAUUGGUUGACGCUGAGAAGCGUUUGUUAGCAAAUGCUUUACUGGAUUUUUCCAAUGAACGCUUUGUUCUUCUCUCCGAAAGCUGCAUACCGAUAUAUGAUUUCCCCACUGUCUAUGAGUACCUCAUAAACUCUGCCCAUAGUUUUGUUGACUCGUAUGAUGUGGAUACGCCACAAGGGCGUGGACGCUACAACCGACGCAUGGCUCCACAUAUACAGCUAUAUCAAUGGAGGAAAGGCUCUGAAUGGUUUGAGCUCAAGCGGGAGCUGGCAGUAAACAUAGUUGCAGACAAUAAUUAUUACUACAUCUUUAGAAAAUACUGCAAGCCUUCAUGCUAUCCUGAUGAACACUACAUUCCAACAUACCUGAACAUGUUCCAUGGUGCUCUCAAUGCAAAUCGUAGCAUCACUUGGGUUGAUUGGUCAAGAGGUGGGCCUCAUCCAGCAAGCUACGGUGCUCCAAGUAUCACGGCGGGUUUCAUCAAAGCCCUUAGGAAUAAUGGGACCUUAUGUAUGUAUAACUCGAGGUCAUCUUCCAUUUGUUUUCUUUUUGCAAGAAAAUUUGCUCCUAGUGCCUUGGCACCUCUGAUGAACCUCACUUCCGAAGUCAUGGGCUUUUGAUAUGUCCUUUAUUGUCGGUGUCACUCCAUGAGAUUGAUUCCUGCCUGUUUUAUAUAGCAGAUAGAUGGCUUAUGUGUGAUUUACCCUGUUCUAACUUUGGUCUCGGAGAUGAGAAAUGAGAAGGAACAGCUGAGCAGAACUCUUCUAAUUUUUUGACGUUAUCACAAUAGUUUGUAUCAGGAACUCACUUUGACACCUUUUUAUAGCUAGUAAAGUUCCUUUUACUUUGUCCA